AUGAUAAACAUGACAGAUUUUUGCAUAAUGAGAGAUUUCUUGUUUGUGGAGCUACAUACGAGCACAGCCCAACGCUCUGGUGUUAGUGCAAACAUGAAAUUAAAAGAAUUUGAAGCUGCACUUCAACAGGAUGAUGGCCGUUAUGUGAUCAAAGUUAGAGAUCACAAAACCUUUCACGUGUAUGGGCAUGCCAUUGUGAUACUAGAAAGACAUGUGUUUGAUUGGCUAUCAUUGUUCGUUAAUAAAAUACGCUCUCAAAUUAGCGUUUGUUGUCCAUAUGUUUUUACAUCAUGGUCUGGUAAACAUAUGGGAUCUGGUGCUAUCAGUCGUCAGCUGCACAGUCUUUGGCUAAAGGCAGGCAUUUAUGCAUUGACCGAUAAGUUACCUAAAAAUCUGAGUUGCACAAUAUUAAGAAAAAGUGCUAGCACUGGAAUUCGAGAAGCGGAAACUGGUUUUUAUGCUGAAUCAGCUGCGGCAAUGUCACAUAGCAUCCAAACUGCAGAAACGCACUAUGUGAAUCGUAAAAAAUUAAAUCAAUCUAAGCAAGGUAAGUCCUUCAUUUAAAGUUGUCCGUGAAGUUUGUACAUUUGUGGUUACUAAACGCCAUAACUAUUAAAAUCGCAAUGUUAAUGCCAUUUUAAUAGUUAUGGCGUUACAGGAGUAUAAGCGUAGUUGGUUUUCGUUUGUUAUUUUUUAAAUUAACGAAUAACAGAAGCAUGAGAAUGAAAUUAGGUUUGCUUUUAAAGAGUAAAAAUUUUGCGAUAAGAAAUUUCCGAGGUUUCAAAACCAGCAUAUUGCCCCAAUAUAUUUUUAUUUUUUUCGCGUUGUAUUUCGUUGAUUUAUUUUUAUCAUUGACGUUUUUCCUUGUUUUGUUGUUGUUGUUGUUGUUUUUUGCGAAUUCAAGGUUGUGCUUAGUUUUUCUGACUUAAUUUCGUGACUUCGGGAGAAAUUCUGGACAAUGUCUGAUAGUAGAAAAUUUUACACAAUAUCUAUAAUUUGAUUAUUACAUAGGUUUUAAAGUGGUUCGAGGGUAUUUUCAUGGAGAAGUGGACUCAAAGUAUGGCGCAACUGCAUCUCCAGUUUUGAAAUACGAUGCUAAGAGAUCAUGGACAACAGAAGAGGAGAGAAUUUUAAAGUCUGCUUUCGCAGACAAAAUUGUGGAACGAAAUGUUAAAAUUGAAGACGUGCGUCAGAGGUAUUUCUCCUUGAACAUUAAAGAACUUAAUCGUUAAAGAACAGACUGAUAUUGUGGAAUCUGAGCACCUUGACGAUGACUCUAAGUCAAAAGAGGUAUGAAAUAUUUAUAGUGUUUUACGAAUGUCAUCACAAUAUGCAUAAAAACCGACUUGAUGAUUUACUUUCUUUAUUAUGUGUAGACCAAUGUAGCAGCGUCUCCUCAGUCAUCUGUCGUU